UGAAAGUAGUUACUAAAUCCCAUUUUGAUUGCUUUGAGAUUUUCGUGUAACAUUAUUUUUGUUCAUACGCUACAUUGAGUACGUAAUCAGCAUUUUGAUGGAGGUAAAAUAGAUUUAAUUUCAAUAAUUCCUAAAUAUGUAAAUCGUUAUAAUUACCAGAUUCAUUAUAUUUAUUACGCUGCACCCAAAACUAUUUAUGAUAAAAUAAUUAGCAUAAUUGAAGCGUACCUAUAAAUAUUCGAAUUCGCAGUCGAAUUAAUUCAUUCGCACUGGUAGUUUCCAAUUAAUCGUAUUCCGAAAAUGGCGAUGAAAGUUUCAUCACGAACACUUUUGCUGAUCGAGAAAUCGCAAGUUCGUCAAAAUUCUGAUAAAGUGACCAUGAGUAGCGACGUCAAGGAUUUCGAAGAAGAAUUCCAGGCAGAAGCUGACAUCUCAUCAAUAUACGGCAACAGUUACAUCACGCAAAAGACGAUAGUCAAUCAGUUACAUUUGGAAAUCGAUGUGUUGGAAAGAAUGCUGAAAAGGAAAAAGAAGCAGGUUCUGAGAGAAGAGAAUGUUUUAAGUACUUACAAAAAAAUGUACAACUCUAUCGUCCCAAACAAGAGGAAGAAACGGGAUUGUGUUUACCAACAUUUCGACUGUCUCAAUUGCAGUGACAAAGUGUAAACGUUGGUACAUCCCCCCAGUGCAUUCGAAACCAGGUUAUAUUUAAUACCAGUAACUUAGAGUAAUGAAAUUUUCUCGGUUUAGUAAAUGUGAUUAGUUAUUAUUGUCAUUAUGUUAAAU